GCAGAGCAUCGUAGGGGGUGCCCUCAAUCGACGCCGAAUUCACCGGCGGUAGAAGCGAGCGCCACCGAUCGAGCCAAGAUCUGCUGCAUUUGUAUGCGCGAUCACAUAAUUCUCGUUUCUUGGCAGCGGCAGCCUCUGGGGUCCGGGAUUCGUACGUCCAUGGCGGGAUACUGUGGCCUCGCUCAGGGUUUCCUGGUUUCUCGGAGGCCUCCGCCGGCGCCGGACGUUGUGGAGAUCAGCUCCGAUGAGGAGGAGGAUGACGGAUCUCCCCCCGUGGCCAGGAAGCUGCGUUUUGACGAUGCUGCUGAUGACGGGGUCUGCGAUCCCGUGGUGAAGAAGGGCGAGUCUGGUGGUGCCGACGGUGUUGGCGAUGACUACGGCGACUGCGUGGUUCUGGACGGCGACCCUGAUGGGGCCGUUGCCGUUGCGGAUGAGGACACGACUGCGGGGAGCGAUGGCAGCUCGGAUGAGUUGCAGAUAGUUGCAGAGAAAGGCCAGGUAGCAUGCCGCGACUUCCCUCACUCGCGCCAUUUAUGUUCUACUAUGCCCUUCCGCGCUACCUCUCACGAGAAGCACUGUACCAUGUGCUACUGUUUUGUAUGCGACUCCCCGGCUCCAUGCGCUUAUUGGGGUAAAGGUCAUUCGAUUGAUGAUCAUUGUCAUGCUACGGAUAAGGAAACAAAAUGGAAAGCGAUGAGGCUCGCAUACAAGUGCAAAGGGCUUCCGGCAUCUCAUCCAGAAAAGGAAAACCUUGUGUACCCUACAAUGGUGCACCCAACAGUGACGUCAGUUUUCAGCCGCCUUUCACAUGCCAACCGGAGUCCUCUUCGGAAUCUUGUGAACCGGAACCAAGGAAGUCAUACUUCAGUUAGAGCCCGACUGAUUGUAGAGCCAACUGCCCGUGCACCAAGCGCUGCGACAAGAGCUGGAUGUGGUACAAGCAAUGCUCACACUGCUCAGGUUACUCACCUAGUAGAGCCAACUAUCAGUGCACCAAGGCCACACCCUACGGCAGGAGCUGCAAGUGAUACAGGCAGUGCUCACACUACUCAAGUAACUCGCCCAUUAGAACCAACAGUCAGUGCAGCAAUGCCACACCCUGCGAUAAGAGCUGUAAGAGUUACAAGCAAUGCUCGCACUGCUCAAAUCACUCAACCUGUACAUCCAACUGUCAAUGAACCAAGAGCAAACCUUGCGACAAGAGCUGCAAGACAUACAAGCAAUGGUUAUACUUAUCAAAUUACUCACCCUGUAGAACAAAGUGUCAGUGCACCAAGAGAAUACGCUGCAACUGCUGCAACGAGAGCUGCAAGACAUGCUAGCAAUGCUCACACCGCUGAAAAUACGUACCCUUCCACUGCCUUCAGCUACCUGCCAGAGCCAGACAGGCAUGAAGAGGACAGGGAGUACAUGACAGAGGAGGAAUACGCGCGAGACGGCACAAAGUUGUAUGUUGGGAACCUACCUUACAACAUUGGCAACAGGGCCCUCGCGUCGAGCUUCGAGCAUGCCGGCGCCGUCCUGUCCUCGAAGGUCGUUUACAACAGAGAAACAGGCCAGAGCCGUGGAUUUGGGUUUGUCACCAUGAGUACCGUUCAGGAGGCUGAGAGGGCUGUGAGGAUCUACCAUGGCUAUGAGGUGUACGGCAGACGUAUGAUCGUGCGCAAGGCUGUUCCUAGAGGUACCACCCCUCAACGACAAGGGUCGUACCAGCACGAAGUGGAUGACGAGUAUAUGUCUGAGUGCGACGAUGAGCUGCUCGAUGAAGCUAAGGUGUAUGUCGGGAACCUACACUACGACAUUGACAGCCUGUAUCUCGCCGAACUCUUCGAGUAUGCCGGUAUGGUUGAAGACUCCAAGGUCGUUUGCGACAGGAACACAAAGCAGAGUCGUGGAUUUGGGUUUGUCACCAUGAGUACUGUUGAGGAGGCUGAGAGGGCUGUGGUGAUGUUCCAUCGCUAUGAAGUGUGCGGCAGGCGUCUGACCGUGCAUAAGGCAGCUCAUACUCAUAGACCUAGAGGUGCAAGGGUGGAAACUCCACGUCGGUGUGUGAACAAUGCAACUCCUAGAUCAAGAGGCUUCCGAAUGGACACCCCUUGCCCUCGACCUGUGAACAAUGCAACUCCUAAAUCAAGAGGCUUCCGUAUGGACACCCCUCACCGUCAUUCCGCAAGCAAGGCAGCAACACCAAGAUCAUCAAGGGUGGAAACUCCUCGGCGCCGAUCUUGGCAUCGGUUCGGAAUCUACGUGGGCAAUCUGCCGUGGCAGGUGGACGACUCUUGGUUGGAGGAGCUGUUCAGUGAGCACGGCGAUGUCUUCGAUGCAAGAAUCGUGUACGAGCGCAGAGGAGGGGCCUGGCGUUCGCGGGGUUUUGGUUUUGUCACGAUGGCGACAGAGGAGGAAACUUAUGACGCUGUUUAUGCCCUGAACAAACAGAUUCUUGAGGGACGUACCCUGCUAGUGGAGGUUGCCAAGGAGCGGCAGCGGCGAGGCUUUUACUGAAGAUAUAUGCUGGUUAUACUAUAGGAAUGCAAUGCGCAAUCUUACAGGGAAAUAAACAACAUAAUGUCUUUUUGGAAAUUUCAUGGAUUUUGCAGAAAUUUAGAGAGAUGUUUCUGAAACUUCCGUGACUUUGGACCUAAUCUUGAUACAGAAUGAUCUUUUCUUUCAUGAGUUUGGACCUAGUUUUUCA